UGGAGAUCAGGGUCCUUGUGUUCAUCAUCUGGGUUCUGGAGUGCGAGUAUAGAAUAAGAAGUUUGACGUAAGAGAAUAUAGGUGGAAGAUAGGGGACUAGGACGUUCGUUGCUCUGGACAGUUUUCUGCACGCAACGGUGAUCUUGUUUGGUGCGCUCGCGUUUGUUACAUCGUAGAAAGAAAACACGCAAGCAACUUUGUUUGCCCAGAUUAGCUAUGAGUGACGUCGAGGAACCCAAAUCGCCCGCAGUGCCUACAUCGCCCAAAUCACCCAAAUCGCCCAAGUCGUCAGGUCCUACCUCUAUAUACACCCCAGGAACCGCAGUUUGGGCUAGAUUGAAAGGAUACCCCUGGUGGCCUGGUCGGAUCGAACGAGAAGACGAGUUGCCCGAGGAUGUACUUGCCCAGAAAAAAUCCAAAACCAUAGCAGUGUUCUUCUUUGGUUCGAGAAACUAUUCAUGGUUAGCGCAAGAUGCAUUAAGACCAUACAAGGAGCACAAGGAAGAAUUUUGUAGCAAGAAUAAAACUGCGGCAUUCUUGAAAGCCGUUAGAGAGGCGGAUGAUCCGUCCAUACUCGAAAGAGAAGCUGAGGAAUUCGCUGCUAAGGCGGAGAGGAAGAGACAAAAGAAAUUGGCUACCCCGAGCCGACGCCGGUCGAGUGUGAAUGAGACGGGUACUGGCAAGAAAAAGUCUCGACCAGAUGCAAAUGGAGCGGACACGAAAAAGCGAAGAGUAAGCGAACCGGCGCCAGGCAAGAAAAGCAAGAAGCGUGCAAUCGAAGAGUCCGAUGAAGAGGAGAAAGAGCCCAUAGCGGAAAGGAAGCGUCGUAAGCGCGAAGUUCAAGCCGCUGUUGAUGACGACGAGGAGAACGAAGGCGCGCAUGAUACACAGAAGGAAGACGAAUCUGGAAAUGAAUCGGAAGGUACUAAAUCGAAAAAGGCCAAGAGAAAUGACGAGGAAGGUCACAAAUUGCUGAAGAAACUGUGGAGGAUUCGGCUUAAGCUUCAAGGCUUUAUCAAGGAUGUCAAGGAACAGGGGGAUAAACUUAAGGCGGAACAAUACGAGGAAGCCGAGGCCAAGCUGCGUGAACUGGAGAGUUUCCCACUUACAGUCGACCUAUUAAAAGAAACCAAGGUCGGAAAAUUGGUGAAACACAUGAGCAGACUCCAGAUUCCGAACGAUAAGCACAACCUUGUACCGCGCUCGAAUGACUUGAUGGCAAAACUCAAAUUGCAACUCCCUGAAGCGUCUGCUGCUGGUGAUGAGAAAGAACCCAAGGAGCCCUCUCAUAAGGAGGCCGAUGCAGAAGGUGAAAUCGCCGAGGCUCCUCAAAAAGCUGAUGAGGAGAUAGUUGACAAGGAGGAACACGACAUGGACAUUGAUAAUGGCGAUCAGGUCUCGGAACAAGCUCAGGCUGACGAUACGCCCUCCCAGAACGAGGACGACUCUAACGGCAAGGUCACAAGGAAUGCGAAUGGAUCGGAGAAGCAGGAAACUGACGAUCCUGAAACUGCAGCCAUGGACAAAGAAUAAUUAUGUUGCCAUAUUGGCGACUCAUGGUCGCAGAUAGCUUUGGCUUUUUGUAUCUUUGAUAUUUUGGGCAAGAAUUGACUGUUGGAUGAUACAUAGUGCGUGGGAAAAUACAAAUGUCAAUGUCAUUACGUUGCAGUCAACUUGAAU